AUGGCCUCCAGGGCUUCUCCUUGCCUUGGGGUGCCUCCGCACCGUCUGUGGGCCGUGAGGCCUGGCAUCUACGAGAAGGGGAGGACCUGGGGGACCGUGGUCGUGCGGCUCAGUCCCUCCCAGAGAGCUCGGGGCAGGGGCUCCCCGGGCAGCACACAUGAACCCAGCAUCAGAGUCCACAUGUGGCAGAUGCCAGUGCACCCCCAGGAGCCCAUGUCCCCCAGCCAGUUGACCCUCUCCCAGCUGCCCCUCAUGUGGCAGCUCUACCCCGGAAAAAGGUACAGAGCAAUGCACUCCAGGCUCUGGGAAGUAGUGGACCACAGCCAGAUUGCCUCCACAGAGCAGCUGAUCCUGACCCAGCUGCCGCCCGGGGAGUGA